UCAGUUGGAUUUCCAGUUUCCACUUCUAAUAUUGAUGGUCUUGAAAGUGCAUUUGGAUCCAAGACAUUUUCUGUCACUGAACAAAUCAAGAGCCUCCUCUCCUAUCUCAGAGCACUACAGACAGCUUAAUAUCAUAUGACAUCAUUUCUCCAAAUUAAAUGAAAAAAGAAUUUUCUCUAACUUUCCAUGAAGCUCAGCUAUUGCCUGUUAAUCUUGACUGUUAGCGCUGAUCUUUCAAUUGGAUUUACACUGGAAAAUGUAGCUUUUAAUGGGACAGCUGCUUUUGGGUCUUUCAAUACAUCACUUCAUACAGUGUCUCAAGCUUUAGUAAGUACUCCAGCACACCAUGAUAUCAUAGCCAAAGAGGGGGCCAGUAUUUUAAUUGAAUGUAAACUGAACAUCAGCCGGUAUGAAUAUAUUCUUUGGUAUAACUCCAGAGGACACCUGCUUGAACAGAAAGAUGAAGGUGGACGGUGGAGGAUUGCUGAUAAUUCCCUUAACAUCACAAAGGUCAACUUUGCUGACCGGGGGCGAUAUACGUGUGCAGCUGUUAAUCGUAAUGACACCUUGUAUUACACAGUCACCCUGAGGGUUAUCUUCACCUCAGGAGACAUGAGUAUCUACUACAUGAUUGUGUGCCUCGUUGCCUUUGCUAUCACCCUCAUUUUAAACAUAACCCGUCUGUGCAUGAUGAGCAGUCACCUUCGCAAAACAGAGAAGGCUAUCAAUGAGUUCUUCAGGACGGAAGGGGCUGAGAAGCUUCAGAAGGCUUUUGAGAUAGCCAAGCGUAUCCCUAUCAUUACAUCUGCCAAAACGCUAGAGUUGGCCAAAGUCACUCAGUUUAAGACCAUGGAGUUUGCUCGGUACAUUGAAGAGCUCGCCAGAAGCAUUCCCCUUCCACCCCUGAUCCUUAACUGCAGGGCAUUCAUGGAGGAGAUCUUUGAGGCUGUGCGAGUUGACGAUCCCGAUGAAGUCGGUGAGGAGGAAAAACAGACCCAAGCCUGCAGUACCCAAGCUGCGAUAUACCCCAUCAACCCAGAGAUCAAGCGCAGCGAUUCACCAGCCGGGGAUUCAGACGAUGGGUCCAUGAAUGAGCAAGGUCAAGAGAUAGCCGUUCAGGUGUCCAUCCACCCGCAGUCAGAAGUGCAGAGCAUUGACACUGUUUCUCAUGACAGCUGCCAGUUUGCACCUUCUGAGGAAGGCGCCUGCUGAGUCCAGCGAUCCACUGUUGUGAAAGAAUCACAGGUGACCCUAGGAUACUGCGAGAAAGGGGUCUGCAAACAAGCUGCCUCAGUCCCAUAUGCACAAGUUUUCCAAAUUGCAAAGUGCUGGAACUACUACUGAAAUCUGUAUUUUCUGUCAGUGUUGAUCUAACGAUUUCAAGUCUGUUAGAGAAGGCCAUUUGGAGUAUUGUGCAGUGGCUUUUCUUUUUAAAGCAAGCUUGCUAUACUUAAAAUAUUUACGAAACAGGAAUUCUUUGUCCUUGGCUCCUUGAUCGCUUCUGAUAGUUCUGUCUUAGAAGUGGCCAAGCUGAGCAGUACAACUUGCAAUAAGAUCUUUUCCUUUGUGAACUCUUUCUUCCUUCACAAAGUGAGUCGGAAUUCCUUUGAGUCAGUGUUGUU